GCUGGUCUGCCGCGGCGCGAGGACUGAGGCGACGGCGGUGACACAUCAACCAAAAAUCCACUGACUGCGAGGCUCGUGAAGGUUCGAGCGGGUCGAGGGGGCGGGGGGACGAUUUUGGCCCGAAGGUGCACGAGGGCGCUCUCGCUCCACGUUUUUCACGCACGGGACGCAUCCAGACCUGGUGAAGUCGUCACAGGGGUUAGUCUGUGGAAUCUGACGCGACCGUUUGCGGUCUGCGUUGGCCAGUGGAGGCGCAACAGCGAUCUGGGCUGAAAGCUUCCCUCUCUUGCGCAGCAGCAUCCAGCCUUCCAUCCAUCCCGACAAUCGCCACCUCCAGGUCCAAAGGGAGGCCGGGGAGCGGCGACAGGAUGUAGCGGCGGAUUAACAGAGGAAAGAGGGGCGCUCAGAGGAAGAGGGCUGGGCCGAGUGGACCAGACCGGGGUGGCACAGAGGGGACAUGGGGAAGGACCAGGAGCUGCUCCAGGCCGUGAAGACCGAAGACUUGCUGACAGCACAGCGCCUUCUACAGAGACCGCGGCCGGGAAAAGCCAAGCUACUUGGAGCAACAAAGAGGGUUAAUGUCAACAUCCAGGAUGCAGAUGGGUUGUCUCCGCUGCACCACGCUGCUCUUAGUGGGAACAAGGAGCUGAUCUCUCUGCUGUUGGAGGCUCAGGCAGCAGUGGAUAUCAAAGAUCAUAAAGGAAUGCGUCCUCUUCAUUAUGCUGCAUGGCAAGGGAAAACUGAACCAAUGAAAAUGCUGCUGAAAGCAGGCUCUUCAGUCAACGGACAGUCAGAUGAAGGACAGAUCCCUCUCCACCUGUCGGCUCAGCACGGACACUAUGAUGGGUCAGAAAUGUUGCUUCAACACCAGUCCAACCCUUGUAUCUCAGAUGCAGCGGGGAAAACUCCCCUGGACCUCGCCUGUGAAUUUGGACGUGUUGCAGUGGUCCAGCUCCUGCUCAGCAGCAACAUGUGUGCAGCCAUGCUGGAGCCGAAACCCUCAGACCCAAAUGGAGUCUCCCCGCUGCAUCUGGCUGCUAAGAAUGGACACAUAGACGUAAUACGGUUGUUGAUCCAGGCUGGAAUUGACAUCAACAGACAGUCUGAGUGUGGCACUGCCCUGCAUCAGGCUGCCCUCUGUGGGAAGACGGAGGUGGUGCGGCUGCUGCUCGACAGUGGCAUCAGUGCAGGAGUGAGAAACACUCUGAGUCAAACUGCCUUGGACAUUGUUAACCAGUUUACCACCACACAGGCCAGCAGGGAGAUCAAACAGUUACUGAGAGAUGCAUCGGCUGCAAUGCAGGUCCGAGCGCUGAAGGAUUACUGCAACAACUACGACCUUACCAGCCUCAACAUCAAAGCUGGAGACAUUAUCACGGUGCUGGAGCAGCACUCUGAUGGCAGAUGGAAGGGCUGCAUCCAUGACAACCGCACCGGAAACGACCGCGUGGGCUACUUCCCAUCCAACAUUGUGGAGGUCAUCAAGAGGGCAGGUGACCACCCACAUGACAGCUGUUCCCGGACAGCUGAGCUGAGUCCUCAGGGCUCUCCCACUUUAGGACAUCAGAGCAGCACCAGUGAGGACAUCUGGGUGCUACGCAAACCAGUGGCAGGAGGAGAGCGCAGUGGCAGUGUGUGCAGCUUGGGCAGUGUUCGCUCCUCCAGCAGCCUGCAGGGAUCUGGAAACACUCAUGUCCUCACAACACCGGCCCCCAGUCCUCAGCCGGCCCCUACCCCAGGACUCAGCAUGCACGGUCUCAACGCUCCAGGGCUGCAUGCUCAAGCUGAAGGGGUUAAGCUUUUGGCCACUGUACUGUCUCAGUCAGUAAAAGCAAAGGAGCAUCUCUUGGAGCAGUCACAGUUUGUGGAGCAGUCAACAACAGCCUCUUCCAGUCGCACAGUCCAUGAGCAGCGGUCUUUUGAGCGCAAGACCGAGGAAGAUGAUGGGAAAAAGCAGGCUGUGGUGACGUGGCUGGGAGAGUUUCAGCUGCAGUUCUACACCACUCAUUUCCUCACUGCAGGAUAUGAUCUAGACACCAUUAGCCGCAUGACCCCUGAGGACCUGACAGCAAUUGGUGUUAUAAAGCCUGGACAUCGAAAGAAGUUAUUGUCAGAAAUCAGCAAGGUGCCCUCCACAGGCUGGCUGCUUGACCACAAACCUGCCAACCUGGCAGACUGGUUGUCUCACCUCGGUCUCAGCCAGUACUACCAAGUUCUUGUCCAGAAUGGAUAUGAAAACAUUGACUUUGUUUCAGACAUCAGCCUAGAAGACCUGCAGGAGAUUGGCAUUGCUAAGCUAGGACAUCAGAAAAAAUUGAUGUUGGGAGUAAAGAAACUCAAGGAACUACAAGGAGGAGGAAGUGGCUCAGAGCCUCCUCAGAGUCCCACUUCCCCUCCUUCCAGCCCAGGAGGAAGCAGCUCCUCAGAGUCACGCAGGGAGGCAAGGAAACUGAGGGAGGGGGCCCCUAGCCCGCUGGCUAAAGCUCGCCCAGGUCUCAAGUCUUCACAAACGCCUCCCCACACACCGAACCAGACACCCCCACAAACCCCUCCACAUGCCCGCAUCCAGCAGGCGCCCCCUAGGGCUCGUCCAAGACCAUCCACCCAGACAUCCGCCAUCGACCCAUUGGUACCACUGUUGCGACUGCCCUGUGAGGAGGAGGAACGACGGAGGACUCACAGCCUCAUCGGCUCAGAAUUGGACUCCCGUUACGCCACCGUGUGCCGAAGCAGCUCCACUGAUACAGCUGCACCUAAUGAUGUUACCGUUAACCGCAGCCAGUCAUCCGUCACCCUCCGUCCCCGUCGGAAAGGCCGGCCUCCUACGCCACCUAAACGCUCCUGUUCUUCCAUCACCGGCGGCGAUGGGGACAGUGAAGGACGGGGUUUGGGCCUUUUGGGUCUGCCAACCUAUCGAGAGAGGCGAGCCAGUGACUGUGGCAGCUUGGGAGCAGCGUUAAGAGCUCAGGACUCUGCUGGCCUUCAGCGAUCAGAGGGGACUUCUGGGAGUGUCCGCAGUCUCGCAGCCAUGUUGGAAACAUCAAUGGUGCCAAGAAAUGUGGGAAGUGGCACCAACAUCCUACAGGCGACUCCUCCUCUGCUCCGUCGCCAGGCUGGAGCUGGAGGUCUGGGAGUGUCUGAGGAUGAUGUUGCAAACCGGCGCAGGACCGUCACUGGACUUGAAAAUCUUCCUGAUGAGACUCCUGACCAGUUACCUCAACAACCUGUCAAGCCACGCCCAGAACCUCGACCUCGCUCCAUCGUUGCCACCUCAGCCUCUGAGAUCACAGAUGCAACAGCUACGCUCAGGAGGAAACCACGCCCUCCAACUACAGAAUCUGAAGCCCUCACAUCAACAGCUACCACUGUAAUAACCAUGAUAACUGGCUCAGAAACAAUAUGCAGAUCACGCACAACAGAGCAAACUGAAUCUGUUACUCACAGCAAUAAUCAAUCAAAUUCUCCUGAGGGGACAAAGAAAAACGUGGGCGAGCCAAAGCAGAACGGGGGUGUAGUGCUGAGGCGGAGGCCAGUGUCUGAGGCCUCUGAGAGGACGGAGGCCGGCAGCGAGACCUGUGAGUGGAUGGAAGCCAGGAAGUCUCUGAAGCCACCGGUCUCACCCAAGCCUUCUACAGUCUCCCUGAGAAAGACCCAGACAGACCCACCUACUCCGACUCGAAGAGUCCCCAUACCAGGACCAGAUAAUGCUGAGCCAGCACAGAGUCCAGAGCCAAAGCGUGUCCCUCCUCCUGUAUCACCAAAACCCCGUGGGCCUCCAACGGCUCCCAAACCAGGAAAAGCAGCGGUACCUUCAGCUGCCGCGAGCCCCAGCCCAGCCUCCACCAGUCCAGCUGCUACUAGUCCCACUCCGGCCCCCAGACCCUUCUCUCCUCCGGCUGCUGCUCCACUCCCAGCUCCUGACACCCCUUCUGCUCCCUCUCUUUCUCCGGGACUCCCUCUCACAUCCAUCUCUCCGGCCCAGAGUCCUUCUACUUCGUCACCACACCCAGUCAAACCUCCCCGCUCCUCCAUCGCCAGCCUCUCCAUUGACCUGCUGGGAGGACGGGAGACAGAGGAGGAAGAAGAGAGGACAGGAGAAGAAGAGGAGAGGAUAAGAGAGAGGGAGCAUCAGAGGAAAACAGAACAGGAGGAGGAGAAGAAGAAAAGGGCAGAGGAUGAAAACCUGAAGGAGAUGGAAAGGAGGCCUUUGAGGAGAGAGAAAGCAAAAGAAGAGAGUCAAGAAGAAGGAGGAGAACUAGAAGGGAUGAUUCAGCAUCGUUUGGAGGAGACCAGUGCCUCCUUGGCUGCAGCUCUGCACACUGUAGAGCAUAAAAUCAAAGAGGAGGACAGACCCAAUGACAAAAAAGCAACAGUCUCCAUCCUGGAUGACAUCGGCAGUAUGUUUGACGACUUGGCAGACCAGCUGGAUGCAAUGCUGGACUGAACUCACAUCCACAUGCUUCUUCCAACAAGGUUCUCCAUUCUGCCCCCCUCACUGUGUGCAGGUGUACAAAGAAAAGUCUUUCCCAAGGCUAAAUGUUGACGUGCAAAUUUUUUUGUAAGAGCUUCCCGAGUAUCCUCAUGCAGAUGCCAAGGAGUGGGAGAGCUGUUUGUUGCUCCUUCUCUUGCUGCAAGGACAAUGCUCCCACACAACCUCUGACCUCUGCAGUCCACAUGACGAUGCCUCUGCCCAGCCCCAGACGGCUGCGUGGACCGAGAAGCACAAUCUUUUUGCGUAUCCUUUUAUCUGAUAAGCAUAUUGCUUGCAAGCCUAAGCACAGAAAUAGUCUGACAGGCAGAUUGAUAACCUGAUAGAAAACAGAGGGAUUUUUUUAAAAAGCACACAGAAAGAAAAGCUGCUGUCCGAGUCCACCAAUCUGAAAACAGAAUCCCUUUUUUCCAGAUGAAUUGUAGCCUCUUUCUGCUCUGUGUGAGUGGAGGACUCCUGUCCCGCGUGUCGUCUCUGUUCAUGUUGUCGUCGGUGCCGUUGCUGUUAUCGUUGGCUUUGUUGUUUCGAGUGUGUGUAGUCCCUGCUUAUACGCUUCAGUCAGUUUUCCCACCCAUUUUGAGCAGACAAACUAAACACAGAUGUGUCCAUAAAUUUAUAAGAAAUGCAAACAAGCACACACACACACACACACACACACACACGCACACACACACACGCAUUCAUACACACAUUGGUGGGACUUCUAUUAUUUUAAAUAUUGCUAGUGGUGUUGCUGUUUAUCUAUCAUGUGUGGAAGGGUGGCUUGGAAAUAAUGAAUGAAAAACACAUGCAAAUAGGCACACACACAUACACACACACACACACACACCCAUGUGGUAUAUCCCUGUGUGCUGCUGCAGUGAAUGGUGUUUUCAGAAGAUACUCCUAUAUUUCAGUGCUUUACAUCGUACAUACAGUAAAAAAAGACACAUAGUUUAUAGUAGACCUGGAUAUUUGAGCUGUUAGAGCUCCAUCUACUGUCGGUUAGUGAAGUUGCCCUUAUCUGACCUACUUCUUCUUUGAAACCUGUGUCUAAUUAGGUAACUCUGGAAAUCUCUGUGCCUUCGCAGUGUACUUUAUAUAUUAUUUAGUUUUUUGUUUUUCUUUCUGUCUACUCUAAUGGUAUUGAUCUCUUUAAACCCUCUCUGUCUGGUUUGUUCAGAAGUAACCUCUCAGUUAUUUGUGAGUCUUGUACCCCUGAAGUUUCAUCCUCCAUGUCUAUAAGCUGUAAUAAGUUGGCUCCACUCUUCAGUGAUUUGCCCCAGACAACAGAAACAACCACCAGUUUUCAUCCCAAUGAAGAGUUCACUUGUAUUUUUAUGCUCUUUGAGAACAGAGAUAUAUUUGAGAGACUGUUCUAUGUGAAUAAUAAUAUUAUUAAUAAUUAUAAUUAUGAUGAUUAUCAUGAUGGUGUUAAACAUUGAAUGGGCUGAGCUGAUUUGAGCCUGUAUAUUACUGGUUGAGUUCUGAUGUGUUGUGACAGCUGUUGUGUCAUGGUUGGGUUCAGUUGGGUGUUUCUGCUGUGACGAUGCAUUCCUGUACAGCUGUCAGAAGAAUAAAUGUAUAAAUUAUCCCUGAUAUCACUCUAUGAAUAUUUUUAUUUUUGACCUGGUACACUUUUAUGUUUCUCCAAUAGCUUUAUUGAUGCAUUCCAUGAGUUUCAUAGAAUAAUUUCAAAUGUUACAGUACGAUCUCCAGUCUGUUUCAUUGGGGUUUUAUGUUAUUGACCAACACAAAAAGUACCUAAUUGCGAAACGAAGGAAAACAUUUGAAAUUUCUUCAUAUUCUUCAACAAAUAAAAGGUUAAAAGGCCCACCCUCUCUUCUUACUCUAAUACAUUUAAGUAAUAUCCAGGUCACUUACCUAAAAAAAUAGUCUGUAUUUAAAGUAAUCACAGUGUAAAUAGCUUUUCUAUUAAAACAAUAUCCCAAGCUCACAUAAGCUGCAAACUGCAAACCUUCUGCCUAUGCAGGCCGGCCUGGGAGAAGUAAUCAGAGAAGCAGCCAUGAUGCCCGUGGUAACUAAGGAGGAGCCGACAACAUGUAAGGUGGGGAAAUCUGUAGACUCAGUAAAGUGUCGGCAUCGGCACAAAUCUAGCCUUAUGAAAGAGUGGCAACAAUAACUGCCACUGUUAAAAUUAAUGUCAAACCAAGGAGACACAGCAAACAUUAUCUAUCUGUCUAUCUGUCUGUCUCUCUGUGUGUCUGUCUGUCUGUCUCUCUGUGUGUCUGGGUCUGCUUUUAUGUAAAAGUGGAUUUUGUAAAGUUAUUUUAAGAGUUUAAAUAAAAAAAUACAAUGGGAUGUUUUAAAUAGUCAUACAAGUAGAGCUUAAAGUUUAAACGUGUUCUGCAGCUCAUGUGACCAAACAAGCUGAAGAGGUGAAAAGUUCAAACAUUCAACAUUGUCUUAUAAACAACCUUUAGGUUGGUGACCUAAGAUAAGAUCACCAGAUCUUCUUAAAAGACAGAGUCUCUGAGAGAGGUUCUUAAAAAUAUAGCCAGUGCUUUCAGCAAAGUUGAGCUGAAUGACCAAAGUUUAAAAAAAUUGCCAUAGUUUCAACAGGUUGGUCAGAAAAACUGGAACCACUUUGAGGUCUUGUUAGGUCAUUUAAUUAGCUCUACCUCCUUACGAAAAUGAAAAAUUUCUAAUAAAUAAUAAAGACUUUGUGCUAUUCUGAUUUAGUGAUAUAAAUUGUGUUACCACACUCCCACCACUAGAGGCAGUAGCAAGGAGCAGAUUUAGAAGUACACAGAAAUCUGCAGAAUCUGUUAAAAACUGUGAGCUGCGCUGAAGAGAGAAGUUUAAAUCCAUGCUGAGAGUGAAACUCAUUAUGAGUUCUUAAAGAUUAAGAUCACAAAUUUCAAAAGAAAAUAAAAGCGGGAGGUUGCGGAUAAUAAAGGAAAUAGCGCCCCCUUCACUUCCGAAGUGCAAUGGUCUCAUUUCCAAAUAAGGUCUGAGACUGACAGUGAUCCGUCCCGCCCCUUUCUAUUUGCUGCAGCGAGGUCCGAGGGGAGGAGCUUUCUACGGAAGCCAAGAAGUUAACUGCCGUGAGGUCAAAGUUUUUUCUUUUCGCAGCAACAUGGAAAGAGAGCGGAGCAGUUCCUACAAAGAGCUGUUGCUUUCUAAAUGUUACUGUAACUUACCACUAUAUAGUUUUCCUUUCUGCUGUGGGUUACCGCAGUGUAUCGACUGAAAACCGGUGAGUAUUUUUCACGUGCUCAAGUUUCAAGUCAACGUGGUGUUGGCACGUGGCUGUCCUACCAGAACGGCUCACACAAUGUUGUCAUGAUUGCUUUGAAAUAAUAACUUGUGGUUUUGUUUACUUAUAAAAUAUGGGCUUGAAGGGGUUUUAGUGUUUGAUAUUCAUAUCAAACACUAACACUAUCAUAUUCAUACCCGGUCAACUUCGGUUUUCCCACUGAUAAGAUUUGAUAAUGCAUAAAAUGGCCUAAAUUCAAUCGCUCUUUCCGUCUACACAAUUUGAACCUUAAUCUACACUCGUCAGGGUUUGAAAUGUGUAAUCAAUAGAGCUCAAAGAAUUUCUUAACCAAUAUUAUGCAUAAAUGAUUGUGUUUUGUCUCUUAGCUGCUUGCAUGCGUACAGCUGCACACUUACGUAACCUCUUCUAUGUUACACAUAACAGAAACCGAGGCCAACACCAUAUGACCCUUUUCCUCGGUUCGGCUCGGCUCGGCCCGCUUUCAGAGCUUUUCCACAGGCUUUUUUUCGGGGCUAGCCCUGCUUUUUAGGGCCCUGCUUCGGAACAGGCCCAGCCGGGCCGGCCCUGCUUUGGUGGGUGACGCAAGCUUCGCUCCUGCUCACUGAUUGGCUGUGGGCGUGGUCAGACGGAACAGCAAAGAGAGAAGAAAAAGGCUGAGUGGAGCCCAGCGCUGGAUGGUAAUGACACUAAUGGGUUUUGGUCGGGUCAAGGUCUUACGUGAAAAUCUGUUCCCCCUGAGACGCAUUGCAGCUAAAGAGGCGGAGCCGACCAUAAUCAUGACUGAGGGAUGAGGACGUAAAACAAACAUCGCUGUGAACGUGGUCUAAACUGGACCAGUUCAAUCCAAGGAUGAUGGUGUAAUCGCAGGAUUUAAUCUGUGGAUCAGCUGGUGAGAGUGGGAGUGAAAACUGAUGUCUGGAUGAAGACGGGUUAGAGAGCUUGACAGCCAUCUCAGAAGACCACUGCUCAUUCUGGGACUCCCUUUUAUGGUAAACUCUGACGUUGCAUGGAAUCAGCAAAGCUAAUUCUUAUCCAACUGAAAUGUUAUUUGUCUCCUACUGGAAUGAAACUGUUUGCAUUCAAAUCUGAUUCUGACAAGCUGACGAAAUGAAGCCAUCGCAUGAUUUCAUCUGAAGAGGAACCUUUUUGUUCAGUUGUAUUUUCUGAAUAAACAACUGAACAGUUUA